GAAUCAGAAAAUAAAAAAUCUAAUUUGAAGGCGAACAAACCCUAACCACCCACACGUGCGACGACAGCCUCAUCUCCGAUAGGAGUCACGUGCGGACCUCAAACCGCAGCAGACACAUUAUCGCAAGACACAGAGAGAGAAAGCGAAGAAACACAGCAACAGAAAACCGAACCCCAAACACAAACGGAGCAACCCAAACCAAACCCGACUUAACCCACUCCGACCAAACCUUAAUUUGUCUGCCUUCAAACUCACAACUCAAUUUUGGUUUCAUUUCAUUUCUAAGAGUGACGAGAUCUGAGGAAGCUUUCUGUAUAAGAAUGCUGAUACUUUUGCCAUCAGGAUAUGAUAAAGUGUCAGUUUUGGAAGCACUGAUAAAGAGUUUAUACGCAAGCAAAGUAAACCUUUUGAACAAGAAGCAGACUGUAGUUUUGUUGUUUCCUCCUUGUUUUUGAAACUAUAGGCGCAGGGUCGCUCACAUCUCUUACACUCCUUAAGAAGUUUUUGUAGUUGUCAUCAGAUGUCAGAAAGUAGUAUGGCGGUAGUAAAACCCGAGAUGAAGUCGUACAUUUGGCUCCAAACUGCUGAUGGCUCAAUCCAACAAGUAGAAGAAGAGGUCGCCAUGUUUUGCCCCAUGAUAUGCCGAGAAAUUCUUCAAACAGGCAUGGGGUCUUCCAAGAACUAUGCUAUAUCACUUCCUCAAAGAGUGAAUCCUGCUAUCUUGGGCUUAAUACUUGAUUAUUGCCGAUUUCAUCAAGUACCUGGUCGGUCUAAUAAGGAGCGCAAAACUUUUGAUGAAAAAUUUAUUCGAAUGGAUACAAAAAGAUUAUGUGAAUUGACAUCUGCUGCCGAUAGCCUCCAGUUAAAGCCUUUAGUUGAUCUCACCAGUCGUGCACUUGCUCGAAUUAUUGAAGGGAAAACUCCUGAGGAGAUACGUGAGACUUUUCAUUUACCUGAUGACCUCACAGAGGAAGAGAAAUUGGAACCUCUUAGAAACAUAACUGAUGAUCCACGGAUUCGGCUUCUAAAUCGCUUAUACGCAAGAAAGAGGAAGGAAUUGAAAGAACGGGAGAAAUUGAAGAAUACUGAGGUUGAGGAGGAGCAAGUCGAUGAACGAUCAGUUGAUGAUCUUUUGUCAUUUAUAAAUGGUGCAGAUGGAGAAUCAAAAUGUAGCAGAAUGAGUAAGAAUAAAAAGAAGAAUCGUAGAAGAAAAGACCAAUCAAAGGAGUCUUCUUCGAGUAACAUAAAUGAUAAUCAUAAUGAGGAGACAGAUUGUUGCCCGUCUACUUGCCAUAAUGGAGAGGUUAAAGAUAUGGUAGCCUCUCCUAGUAAAAAUUCAAAGUUGCAGGAGUCUGGAGCUGCCUCACUUUCACCUAAGCUUGAAUUUGAUGAUGGUGACAUUGAUGAUGAUUUAGAUCCUGCAAUGAAGGAGGAACUUGACAGGGAAGUCGAGGACUUCGCUCGUAGAUUAAAUUCAGAUUGGCCAGAAAGGAUGCAGGAAAUUCUAUCUUUGGGCCAAGAGAGAAAGUUAGUUCCAUUAUCCAUCAAUGGGAAUGGAUCUUUACGUAGAUAUUCAGAUUUUGAAACAGGUUUGGAUCGAAGAUAAUGUGAAGAGAAAAUCUUCCCGUGAGAAUUUUUAGCAACACGAGUGGUUUAGUGAAGAAACUGCCUGCUGCUGGCUGGUGUUAGAUGCCAGAAGAACCGACACUGCUAUUUGGUGUAGACUGCAUGUGAGUAUUUUUGUCUGUAAGACCAUCACCGAAGUGCUACAUUCUUUCUCAGCGUCCUGUAUUACAGUUGGAGAAGUGUUUGAAAAUGAAAAUAAAAACAAGUCACAAGAGACAAUUAGAGCACAAUUUGCUCAUUUGUCUUCAUUUCAUUUUCUUGAGGUAGUUGUUAGUGAGUUUCAGGCAUUCUCGUCAGCGAGCUCCUGUACAAUCUGGAAGUUAUUUCUUUCACAGAUUUUCUCUUGGAUUUCUUUUGCCGCACGAACAGCAUUGCUUAUUUUCAUAUGGCUUGUUCAUAGAAUCCCUCUAGGUAGAUUAUAUAGCUGGUUUUUGGAUAGCCAUUUAUUGAAGAUUUGGCUUGCUUUCUGGAAAAGUCAGGUGGAAAGAAAUUCCGGGUUGAGGAUUAACACAACUUUUGUAAUUUGACGUUGUGAUUCGAAUAGAAGUGUAAGAAAGCGGAGAUUCUGUUUUUGUAAUCUGGUAUUCAUGGCAGCUUAGGAACAACAAAUAAGCAUAUGAUGUUAUAAAAAUGCAUGCUUAUUUUUUAUCUUGACACUGCGGCUUUCAUAUUUGUUAUAAACGAAUCCUUUAUUAGAAUGAGAUUGUUGGAUUAAAAAAGUUUAUGGUU